AAGGUCCUUCUCUAACAGGGGGGCAUAACACAGGGCUGUUGCGCCGGAUACCAGGGCUACCAAAUCAUCUGUACCGGUAUUUGGUUCUCUGCAUUUCACAAAUUUUGUAUUUAAUUUGAUCAUAAUGGACUCUCCUCUAAACGACGGAUCUGGUCCACAACAACAGAGUACUCCUCAUCCAUUGGCAGACUAUCAGUUCACCGCCGAGGAGGUGAGGGCGUUACGUGAGUGCAACACAGAGUCAUUCUUUCAAAGGAGUCUUCCCUUCGGCACUGGCCUCGGCCUAUUGGCCUACUUUGGUGUAAAAAAUGGGUAUCUGCAGGGACACGGGAAAUAUGGCGCAGUUCCCAAGGUCGUCAUGGGCGUCAUUCUAGGCUACUUCGUAGGGAAGUUCAGCUAUCAGCAAAAGUGUGCCGAAAAAAUAAUGCGGCUGCCCAAUUCCCGAUUGGGCGAGCUUUUGCGACAGCGGAGACAGGGCGGUGGAGUCAUAAGUAGCAUUACCCCUGACGAAAAUCUUGGCCGGGCAUUUACACUGGCCCCCUUCUCACCCAGCUCCGCGGAUGUGUACAGCGAUGAGGCGUACCAACCAGGAAGGAGCAGUGCUCUUAACCUUGACACAGAAUCGAGACCCACAUUAUCCGGUCUAGAUGAUAUUUACCGGCCCACACUCGACUCUUCGGCGAUGCUGGACACUGAAUUGCCUUUGGAGGCUGCUAAGCCGGGUCAGUCGUAUGAGGACCUGCGUCGGAAGAACCGCGAUGAGUAUGCCAAGCGGAUGCAGAGUCCCUACUCGAAGCCAUACGAGCCGCAAGCUCCCGUUCAGCAGAGGCCAGUGGACACAACGCCCAUCGAUCCGCCUACUAAUGCCAAGAAGAACAAAUACGGUGACUCCUGGACAGACUGAAAUCACACACUAGGCAUUGUUUUAUUGUUGAACUUAAAAAAUUUGUAAAAAAUGCAUCAAAUUCAUUGGACAGUAUAUUAUUUA